CAGUCGUCGUUUGAACAGCAUCGCAUUCGGUUCUCCACGAAGCUCCCGCGCAAAAACGAAAAGUUAACGACCUACCUCCGACAGCUCCGAACCAAAUUAAAGCCGAUAAACAAACGCACAAAAUCAAAGCAGAACAAAAGCAACAACCAUCAUGAACAAGGCGAAAAACUCGACUUGGCUGUUGCUCAUUUGCCUGUUAAUUGGACAACUCUACGUUUGCUGUAAUGGAUCGCCCAUCGAACCGGGUGAUAAUGAUUAUCAGGGCGAUGAAUAUGAAUAUGAAACUGGUGACGAUGUCGAUGAUGAUGCGGAUACUGAUUUAACAAAAGACUUUGAUUCCAAAUACGCACCGCCAUAUUUUGAGACGACCGACCUGAGGAUCGAUGCCAAGCCGGGUGACGAUGUGGUCCUCAACUGCGAUGCACGGAACUUCCAGCUUAACAAUGCGGUGAUGUGGUACAAGAAGUCGGUAAUCAUCGCCAAUGGCCAGAACCCCAUUAGCCAGCGAGUGGAGGGCAUGAAGAACAAUUCGCUACUCCUGAGAAACGUGACGCCGGAGGACUCGGAUGAUUACUAUUGCGAGAUCCUGCCGCAGAAGGUUCAACAACAUACGGCACUGCGGGUUGGCGCCCGGCUGUCGAUCCUCUGCGACGGUCGCGAAGCUACGGACCGAUCGCAGACGUUCAAGCAGGGCGACUCCCACAAGCUCGAGUGUCGAACCUAUCUGCCCGGCAACAUCACUAUCAAGUGGUCCUUUAAUGACCUUAGCGGCCAGCCGUCCACAGUGGAACAUGACAACGGGGUGAUCCUUCUGGACGACGUGGACGAGAAGAACGCCGGAGAUUACCAGUGCCUGGCCGACGACGGCAGUCGCCAUCCACCACAUGGCACGGUUCACAUCGACGUCCGUUACAGUCCCAUCGUCUCCACCCAUCGGCACCAUGUCAACACGGAAGCGAACGCCACGGCCGAGCUGUACUGCAACUACCGGGCCAAGCCCAUCGGCCGGAGCUACUUCACCAAGGAUGGCAAGACCCUGCAGAUUUCCGAGAAGUACUCCAUCAAGGAUUCGGUGCACCACGACCACAACCGCACCACCCUCAUCGUCAGGGAAGUGACGGACAGCGAUCUGGGCGAGUAUAAAUGUGAAGUGAGGAACGCCAUCGGGUCCAACGAAGUGAAGGUGCAUGUCAGCUACGACCCGGAGAUCCCGCAGUUCGAGGACGAGACCAUUGACGGCAACAAGGUCACCCAGCACUGGUUGGUCAGGAGUCGACAGGCCCUCUCCGAGGCCAUGUUGGACUAUCAACUAUUUGGGUCCGAAAGAUGGAACACAGUGGCAAUGCUGCAGACGCGUCGCCACAAUAACACGGGUCACAUCUGGAAGAUCACGCAUCAGAUGGAACUCAAUGCCGGAACGUGGAAUGUUCGUGUGAGGACGAAGAACACCCAUGGGUGGUCCCCCUUCUCGACGAAACACAUCUUCGAAGUGCGUGAUGGGUACACAAAGGAUGCUUCAUCCGAACCGGAACAGCCCAGCGAUAUGGAUCUUCCGCCGGAUCAAAUCAUGCAGGCUGGCAUCGGUCCAGUGGGCCGAGGAGCUGCGUCAGCAAUCCGGCAGCUGAAUUGGAUGUGGACCCUGCUGGCAGCGCUCCUCCUCCUGCUGCGAAUCCGCCUCUAAGGGGUGCCAUUUAUAUAUUUAUUCAGACCGAAAAGUGUACAUACAUACAUACGUAUUUCCGGAUUACUCAGCUAUCGAUGGCAUCGGGCGAUAGCGAACCUAAAGUAUUCUAACUAUACAAAUGCUAAUGCGCGACCGCUAGCUUGGGUCAAUGUUAAUGUUAAUGCUAUAGUACACGCUGGAGCGAUCACCACUGAAACAUUUGUGCCAAGCAAGGGACUUUACUCCAAUGGUUCAUUGGAAGAAGGCCGAGGAUUAAAGUUAAUUUAGUUUAGUAACAUGAAAAGAAGCGACACUGGACGAAGCGUUGAUUAGGGCAGAGAUAGAACGACGAUCGGUUUAAAACCGCAAAAAAAAAAAACAGUAACAUUUUGAUUAACCUUAGCUUUAAUAUUUAUUUGUUUUGUCUGUAUGCACGUAAAAGUUGGCACUUUUGAGGAGGAACCCGAACGAAGAAGUCCGUCGCCCAGGGAAGAAUGUCACACCGGGUCGAUACACAUACGCCCCAUGGUGCAUCAAUUCUUCACCGGGCGAUGACGUAGUGUAGCAAAAAUGGGUAAGGAUCUAGUGACUUUUAGGAUUUGCAAUGUGUACAAUAUUUUUGUAUAUCCAAGCGUACUUACGAACAUAUUUGUAGCCGAAUCAGAGGGGCAUCGGGUGGGAUUAAUCAAAUGGCACGCUAUAUAUUUUAUAAACUAGACCAAAGCUUAGACAUACAUAUGUGUACCUACCACACCAUACAUAUGAAACUUAUUUUUACGGAUCAACGCCACAUCAACUCAAUGGAACAGAAGGAUUCAAAAUACUAUACAAAUCAAAAGUGAGAAGUGAGGAAGCGUGUGUACCUAUGCUUAAGGCAUACUGAACAAAUCGAAGAGAGCUAUAUAUAUAUAUACAUAUAUUGUGUACUGUUGAUAAUCGGGUUUGGCUUCAAUUAACGUCCUUGAUUCUGCUACAAUACCUGAGGAAUAUCGCCAUAACAUGCUGACCGUGUACACUGUACGUAUGUAUAUUUUAUAUAUAUUUUAUUUAAGAAUCAUAAUAUUAGAGCUGAUCAAUAAACGUGCCAAUCGACGCAAUCAAGCAACGCUGAUUGCUCACUAAAUCAAAUCAAAACGACACAAAACAGAAAGUUCCAUAAAUAAACAAAGUUUUGACGAGGACCUGAUUUCAAAUGCCGACCUUUAGCAUAUAUGCACAGAAUCAUAUAUAAAGAGAAGAGUUCUUUAAAGCCAGUGUCUUAAAUGAAUAUUGUAAUUUUUGUUGAGUCCAUGAUAAGUGAAUGAAUAAAACUAAACUAAACGAA